CUGUGGGCAUAGGGAUGGGAGCACCCCAGGUGGGGUCUGGGGGUUGGUUGUGCCCAGGGACCCUGUCUGGGGGGUGGUCCAUGCCCAGCUAACAGGCAUGCCGGCCUCUCCCUCAACCUUGGCAGGGUUUGUGGUGGGCCAUGCCGGGUUGUACCAAGCUCUGGCCAUGUUUGCGGUGGCAUAUUUCAUCAUCGGCAUGACGGUGCUGUCUGUGUGUGCCAUCGCUACCAACGGGGCACUGGAUGCUGGAGGAGCCUACUAUAUGAUCAGCCGUGCCCUGGGCCCGGAGUUCGGGGGCAGUAUCGGAAUCAUGUUUUUCCUGGCCAACGUGUGUGGCAGUGCCCUCUACGUGCUGGGGCUGGUGGAGGCAGUGGUGGACAGCUUUGGGAUCCCGCCUGGGCAAAAAGCAGGCUCAGGUGUCCACGUCCUGCCUCAGAGCUACUGGUACGAGCUGCUCUACGGCACCGUGCUACUGGCCCUCUGCCUCCUCGUGUGCCUCGUGGGUGCCUCCAUCUACGCCAAGGCCACCUUCCUCAUCUUCCUCAUUGUUGCGGGUGUCCUGGGCACCAUCCUUGUCAGUUUCUUCGCCACACGGCCCAUUGGGGUGCCCAUUCGCCUGCCCCACUUCAACGGCUCCGAGACUGAGAAUGGCACCUUCACCGGCUUCUCCCUCGCCACCCUGCGAGACAACCUGGGCGGUGGGUAUGCUGUGGACUACACCACUGGGCAGAUGAUGAGCUUCAGCUCUGUCUUCGCAGUGAUGUUCAAUGGCUGCACCGGCAUCAUGGCGGGCUCCAACAUGUCAGGGGACCUGAAGCGCCCAAGCUACUCCAUCCCACGGGGCACCAUCUCUGCCGUGCUCUUCACCUACCUCGUCUACAAUCUGCUGGCUUUCCUCAUGUGUGCCACCUGCAACAGGACCUUGCUGCAGAAAGACUACGGCUUCCUGCGUGACAUCAGUAUCUUCCCACCCUUGGUCACUGUGGGCAUCUAUGCUGCCACCCUCUCUGCGGCCAUGAGUAACCUCAUUGGGGCAUCCCGCAUCCUCUACGCUCUGGCCCGGGAUGAUCUCUUCGGCCGGGCGCUGGCGCUGGCCAAGAAGACGUCUGCGAGUGGGAACCCUGUGAUGGCAGUGAUCCUCUCCUGGCUGGUGGUGCAGCUAGUGCUCUUCUCCGGGAAGCUCAACACCAUCGCGGGGGUCGUGACCACCUUCUUCCUCCUGGUUUAUGCCACCGUCAACCUAGCCUGCCUGGCACUGGAGUGGGCAUCAGCCCCCAACUUCAGGCCCACCUUUCGAUACUUCACCUGGCACACGUGCCUGCUGGGCAUUGCGGGCUGCUGUGUCAUGAUGUUCCUCAUCAGCCCUGUGUCAGCCUCAGCGAGCCUGGGCUUCCUUCUCCUCCUCCUCCUCGCUCUCCACUACCUCUCACCCAGUAGCACCUGGGGCUACAUCAGCCAGGCCCUCAUCUUCCACCAGGUGCGGAAGUACCUGCUGAUGCUGGAUGUGCGGAAGGACCACGUCAAGUUCUGGCGCCCGCAGAUGCUGCUGAUGGUGCAGAACCCGCGGAGCAGUGCCCGCCUCAUCGACUUUGUCAACGACCUCAAGAAGAGUGGACUCUAUGUCCUGGGCCACGUUGAGCUGCAGGACUUGGACACGCUGCCUUCGGACCCGCUGCAGCCCCAGCAGGACUCGUGGCUGAGCUUGGUGGACAAGCUGAAUGUCAAGGCCUUCGUCAGCCUCACCCUUGCACCCUCGGUGCGGCACGGUGUCCGGCAGCUCCUCUUCACCUCUGGCCUUGGUGGCAUGCGCCCCAACACCCUGGUGCUGGGCUUCUACGACGACGCAGCACCACAGGACGGUCUAGCCCGGCAUCCUGCCUUCACCAGCACCCGCGAGGAGGUCCCUCUGGGCUUCCCCCCUCUGCGGGAACCCACCGACCCCAAACUGCUGUCGGCCCGGGAGUAUGUGGGCAUCGUGGCUGACGCCCUGAAGAUGCUUCGCAAUGUCCUGCUGGCCCGGCAGCUGGAGAGCCUGGACAAGGCCUGGGAGCUGCGGCGGGCUGCCAGCCCCCCGCCCACCAUCCACGUCUGGCCCGUCAACCUGCUGCGGCCCGACAGCGCCCGCUACGCCGACACCUGCAGCCUCUUCCUGCUGCAGAUGGCCUGCGUCCUCAACAUGGCGCGGGCCUGGCGCCGGGCCCGCCUGCGCCUCUUCCUCUGCGUGGAGGCGGGCGCCAUGCCCCAUGCCCAGGAGGAGAAGCUGCGCCAGCUCCUCAAGGACUUGCGCAUCCAGGCCCAGAUCCAGCUGGUGCCCUGGGACGCCGUCACCCGCCUGCACUGGCAAACCCGCCAGGGACCCCCGGGGGGGCCGGCGGCGGGGGAGGAGGAAGAGGAAGAGGAGGAAGAGGCGGUGAACUUCCCGGCCAAUGCCACCCAAGUGUCAGAUGAGUAUGUCUGUGCCGCCAACAAACUCGUCCUGGAGCAGAGCCCCGCGCCGGCCGUGCGUUUCCUCUACCUGCCGCGGCCGCCGGCUGACACCAGCCUCUACCCGCUCUACCUGCACCAGCUGGAGCUGCUCACCCGCGGGCUGGGCCCCACCGUGCUGGUGCACGGGGUGAGUGCCGUCACCAGCACCCAGCUCUAGGCCACCCCCCCUCCCCAUGUCCUCUCCCCCCACUCCCCGGUUCCCUGCACCCUCCUUCGCCCAGUGCCUUUAGCAGCCCGAGCCUGGGGAUGGCCCCAUCCCCGCUGUCCCCAGGCUGUUGGGCAGGGAGGGGUCGGUGCCCCAUGCUGGGAGGUGGGUGCAGGUUGUUAUUUUGGGGGGAAGGUGUCUCUUGCACAGGCUUAAAGCUGCCCUGGCAGGAUCCGGGCACAGCAUUCACGGUGCCUUUUCUUUGGGGUGGUGGGGAGAUAGCAGGGUCCCAGGCCUGACCAAGCACUAGGUGCCCUAGUUGGCUAGUGGCAACCCCCAGCUGGCUACUGGGAGCCCCUUGGUUGCACCCUGCACCCCCCACCCCCGCCAUGCUUCCCCCAUACUGCGGCCCCCAGCCUCUCCUCCGCCGGCUCCUCCGGGCACCCAGCCAGGAGCGGGGAUUGAUUAAAGGCAGCCUCGACCUUGGUGCCCCGGCUCCCCGCCAUCCUCCCUGCCUUUCAUUAGGAAAAAUUAAAUGGGAAGAGGUGGGGGAGGGGAAGCCCGGAUGCCUGGGUUCCCUGUGUGAGGCUGGAGGUGGGGGGAACUGGCCUUAAUGGCUAUAGGGUACGGCACCCCAGGUCUUCCUCGGCACCCCCAGUGCUUCUGGGUGGGGACACCCACCUGCUUUAACCUGUAGCACCCCCCUCAAUGGGGUUGAUCCCCUGGUCCUGCCAGGGAGGAGGAAAAAUAUAUAGGGGUGGGGGGUUGGCCUUGCUCUGCGCCCAGUGCUGUGGGGCAUCCCCACACCCAUCAUGACCUGCAUGGGGGAGCUGGCAUUUCCCCCUUCCCUCCUCCUUUAUUGAUUAGGGCAGGACAGGAAAUUGCCUGGGUGCUGGGUGAUAAAUCCAUCGGGUGCCUGGCAGGUGGGCAGCUUGCCCGGGCCCUGCCUGAUGGAUCGCCUCCUAUUAGCCUGGGCAUUGGUGGGGGGGGUGCUCUGGGCCAGUCUGGGCUCUGGUGUGGGGGGGACAAGUGUGGCAAUGCCUCCUGCUCCUGUUCUCACCAAGCCUGGCACUGCCAGCUGGCAGCUCUGCUCGACUGGAGAGCUGCAGGAGGGGGGAAUAUAAGAGGGGGGACCCUUGCUCCCCACCUUUUGUAGCGGGUCAUGCCUGAAUUUGUGCCUAAAUUCCCACCUGAGGGCUGGGCAGGGGGCUGGGGCUGGCUUUGCUCCCUGCCAUGGGAGGUGGGUGCCCUGGGUUGGAGACUGUGUGGCCCAUGGGGUUUAUUUACAAACAGGCGGGAGCUGGCACAGGGCAGCCGGGCACCAGCGGGACCCGGCGGCCUAUAAUGUUAAUUAUCACCACGUAAUUAAAAGCCCAUAAAAAGCCUCA